UUGUUCCGGAGGCUGCGGGCCCCGAGAGCCUUCUCCGUGCUGUCACGCGUGCGCUCGGGCUCAGAGGCGGAGCGCUGGCGCGGAAGGCGGGGCUUGGGACGCUGUAGUGCACGCAGCUGCGGUCCAGGUGGGCCGGGCGCUUUUCCCGGGGCCACGGCCCAGGAACCUACCGGGGUCACUGUAUUUCUCUGCUGCUCACCAACCGCCUCAUCCUGAGCAGCCCCACGCGUCUCUCUGUGUUUUUGGUGGUCGGCUCGGCCCGGGCGGUAGCGGUUGCUUGCUUGUCCCCUGGCCGCAGUGAGAAACCUCAAGAAAGAGAGGCCUUGAGAGUUGGGGGCAAGGCCUAGGAAGAGAUCGUCCUCUAUUUGACGUCAAAACUGGCCAGUAAGUGCACAAGUGAUGCGCUGAGCUACCUAGAAACUACCCUUGUGAAGAUGGUCUGUGAAUGGAGAGCUCAUCUCCUGUCCUGGGUGUAAGCGAGUAUACCUUACCAGGGAUGUAACUGAACAUUUUUUUGCUGCAGUGCUUUCCUUCUGAGCAAUCCAAGAUGGCCAGGAACUGCUCCGAGUGCAAGGAGAAGAGGGCGGCACACAUCCUCUGUACCUACUGCAACCGCUGGCUGUGCAGCUCCUGCACGGAGGAGCACCGGCAUGGCCCUGCCCCUGGGGGCCCACUCUUUCCCCGGACCCAGAAGGGAUCUCCAGGAGUGAAUGGUGGUUCUGGAGACUUCGCCUUGUACUGUCCUCUACACACACAGGAAGUGCUCAAGCUAUUCUGCGAGACCUGUGAUGUGCUCACAUGCCAUAGCUGCCUCAUGGUGGAACACAAAGAACACAGGUGUAGACAUCUUGAAGAAGUUUUGCAAAACCAGAGGAUGCUUCUGGAAAGUGUGACUACACAGGUGGCGCAUAAGAAAUCUAGUCUACAGACAUCUGCAAAGCAAAUUGAGGACAGGAUUUUUGAGGUGAAGCAUCAGCACAGGAAGGUGGAAAACCAGAUCAAAAUGGCCAAGAUGGUUCUGAUGAACGAGCUGAACAAACAGGCCAAUGGGCUCAUAGAGGAGCUGGAGGGCAUUACGAAUGAAAGGAAGCGGAAGCUGGAGCAGCAGUUACAGAGCAUCAUGGUUCUCAACCGUCAAUUUGAGCAUGUGCAGAAUUUCAUUAAUUGGGCCGUCUGCAGCAAAACCAGCAUCCCUUUCCUUUUCAGCAAAGAGCUGAUUGUGUUUCAGAUGCAGCGAUUGCUGGAGACCAAUUGUAACACAGACCCUGGUUCCCCGUGGAGUAUCAGAUUCACGUGGGAACCUAACUUCUGGACCAAGCAGCUGGCUUCCCUUGGCUGUAUAACUACUGAGGGUGGACAGCUGUCCCCAGCAGAUACUCCUGCUUAUGGAGGCUUACAGGGACCGUCAUCUUUUUAUCAAAGCCGUCAGUCCCCAGGGGCUCAGCAGGAGACUCUCAGCCGUGCCUCACACAGGCCCCAGUCUCCAGCACUGUGUUCCUCCUCUGUGUGCUGCUCUCACUGCUCUCCAGUCUCGCCCCCCCUCAAAGGCCAGGUCCCGCCGCCCAGCAGACACCCAGCCCACAGCUUUAGGCAGCGCUCUGAGACGGUGCCCCAACAGCUGAGGUCACUGCAGUGCUCCCCGCUGCUGCCCAGGGACAAAGAACUUCCCUGCCGUCCUCAUCCGCCAAAGCUACUUCAACCCUGGUUGGAAAGCCAGCCCCCGGCGGAGCAAGAGAGCACAUCCCAGCGGCCGGGGCAGCAGCUGACUUCCCAGCCCGUGUGCAUCGUCCCCCCGCAGGAUGUUCAGCAAGGAGCCCACGCCCCGCCCACCUUUCAGACACCUUCUGUCCAGGUGCAGUUGGGCCACCACCAGAAGCUGAAGCUCAGCUACUUUCAGCAGCAGCCGCCGCCUCCGCCCCAACAGCAGCCACCCCCACCUCUCCCUCCAUCCCAGCAUCUGGCUUCUAGUCGGCACGAGAGCCCUCCUGGGCCUGCCUGUUCCCAGAAUGUGGACAUAAUGCACCACAAGUUUGAGCUGGAGGAAAUGCAGAAGGACCUGGAGCUUCUCCUUCAGGCUCAACAACCCAGCCUGCAGCUGAGUCAGACCAAAUCGCCUCAGCAUCUUCAGCAAACCAUCGUGGGGCAGAUCAACUACAUUGUGAGGCAGCCGGCGCCCGUCCAGUCCCAGAGCCAGGAGGACACAGCGCAGGCUACAGAUGAGUCCCCAGCAUCUGAAGGCCCGAAGCCAGUUCUCCCUCUUGACAAGAAUACUGCUGCUAACUUGCCCCAGGCCUCUGGGGAAGAAACUCCUCACAGUGUUCCCCCACUGGACAACGCCAUCCAGCACUCCUCUCCGAAUGUGGCGAGAAAGCACUCCGCUUCUGUGAGCAUCAUGGGCUUUUCCAACACACUGGAGAUGGAACUGUCAUCUACCAGGCUGGCGAGGACCUUAGAGCCACAGAUCCAGAGUGCAAGCAGCCUGACAGCUGCCCCACCCCAGGUGGUACCAAGCCUGCUGAGUGGCCCCCCACCAACCGUGUCCAGCCUGGUGGGCGGUCAGAACCAGGCUAUGCCCAGCCUGACGGCCAGUCACCUGCCGACCAUGCCCAGCCUUGUGUGUGGCACACCCCACUCCACGCCCAACCUGAUGAGUGAUCCCUCCCAGACCAUCACAAGCCUGGCAAGUGAUCACUCUCAGACGGGGCCCAACCUGAUGUCUGGUCCCACCCACACUGUACCAAGCCUGGCAACUUGUCCUCUGCAGAGCGUGCCUCCGGCUUCUAACAUGCAGUCGGAAACCGGAUCCAGCUGCAGUCCUGGCUCUGGCCGAACUGCAGGGAGCCUGUGCCCUGGGGAUGGGGCUGACCCCUCCCUGGGGAAUGCCUUGUGUAAGAUGGAAAGUGAGGAUUCUACCCGCUUCACUGACACUCUGGGACAAGGCCCCACAGCCCCUGGUCUGGACACUUCCAAAGAUUCGGCUAUCCCCUCAGAACUGGAGGAGCCAAUUAACCUCUCUGUGAAAAAACCUGCGCUGGUCCCAGUGGUCAACAAGUCCGUGGCCCUGCAGCAGUGCCAGAGCCCAAAAGAGUGUGAGAAUUUUGAACAAGGAGCCCUAGACCUGGGUACAAAAGGGAACCAGAGCAUCAGACCCUUCAAUAGUGAGCCCAAGAUUCCCUAUGUGCGACUGGAGCGGCUCAAGAUCUGUGCUGCCUCCUCAGGAGAGAUGCCUGUGUUCAGGCUGAAGCCACAGAAGAAUGAGCAGGAUGGGAGCUUCCUCCUGAUCAUUGAAUGUGGUACUGAGUCCUCCAGCAUGUCCAUUAAGGUCAGCCAGGACCACCUGUCUGAUGCCAUCCAGGCCCCAAACCUGGGGGGAAGAAAGGUCACUGUCACAUCUCUGGCUGGGCAGCGGCCACCAGAAGUGGAGAGUGCAUCUCCUGAAGAACACAGGCUCAUUCCUCGAACCCCUGGAGCCAAGAAGGGACCCCCAGUACCAAUAGAGAAUGAGGAUUUCUGUGCUGUGUGCCUCAACGGGGGAGAGUUGCUGUGCUGUGACCGCUGCCCCAAAGUGUACCACCUUUCCUGCCACUUGCCAGCCUUGUUCAGCUUCCCAGGGGGAGACUGGGUGUGUACCUUGUGCCGCAGCCUGACCCAGCCUGAGAUGGAGUACGACUGCGAGAAUGCCCGCUAUAACCAGCCUGGAGUGCGGGCCCCUCCUGGCCUGAGCGCAUAUGACCAGAAGAAGUGUGAGAAGCUGGUACUGUCCUUGUGCUGCAACAGCCUCAGCCUGCCCUUCCACGAGCCUGUCAGCCCGCUGGCCCGGCAUUACUACCAGAUUAUCAAGAGACCCAUGGACCUGUCGAUCAUCCGGAGGAAGCUGCAAAAGAAGGACCCAGCUCACUACACCACCCCGGAGGAGGUGGUAUCAGACGUCCGCCUCAUGUUCUGGAACUGUGCUAAGUUCAAUUAUCCCGACUCAGAGGUUGCAGAGGCAGGCCGCUGCCUGGAAGUGUUCUUUGAGGGCUGGUUGAAGGAGAUCUACCCCGAGAAACAGUUUGCUCAGCCAAGGCAGGAGGACUCAGACUCUGAGGAGGUGUCUAGUGAGAGUGGGUAUUCCACUCCCCAGGGCUUUCCAUGGCCCCGCUACAUGCAGGAGGGCAUCCAACCCAAGAGGCGGCGGCGACAUAUGGAGAAUGAAAGAGCAAAAAGAGUGUCUUUCCGCCUGGCCAACAGCAUCUCCCAGGCUUCUUAGGUCCAUCGCUAAGAGGAGCUGCUCGCGGGAACGCUUCUGAACGCACCUGGGAGCAGCCUCCUCGCCAGCCCCGCCGCGGGGAGAAGGCCUUCGCGCCAAGCCGACGCGCUUUGUCCCGAUGCGGCCCCCGUCCACCUCCCUAAGGCUACCCCGCCGGCCGAAAAGUUUCUCCAGGUGCGGAAUUCCGGACUUGGCGACCACCAGCGCGGAGUGUGCGCGCCAGUCGGGAGCCAGCCCGCCCGACGGCCUGGCUUUCUCCUUUCUAGCCAAGCACUACUCCUCCAGCCUGGCACCUCAUCCCCUUCCUCCUCCUCACUGUCACCCUGCCCCCGUGGUAAAUCGUGGCUGCGCUGCUCUGUUAAAGGUGAAAUUCAGAUUGGUCGAGGUGAGUUUGGGGGCUGUAACCAGUUUGGCCUGCUCUGCGGUAGGAAAGCGGGAUCCCCAUUAUAAAAUUGAAACCUCCACAGUGGAGGUGAGGUCAACUACCACUUCGGUUCCUUUAAAUGUCUGCUCCAUCCACCUCAGUUGAUCAUUAGAAGGAGUGAUUUAUCUUUGUAGACUUUUAGGACUAGGAACCUCAAGACAUCCUAGUCUAUGCUUAAAUAUCAUCUAUGGUUUCUUGCUAGCUGACCUUCCAACCUCUACUUGGACACUUGUAGUGGUGGAGAUAGUCUUUCCUUUUAUCUUUGACAGUUCUAAAUGUUAGGAAGCCCUUUGUAUCAGCUUGAAAUUCGCAUGCAGGCUCUUUGAAUCAUGCAGAACUCUAAUUCCUGUGCCUAAUCCUCUUCACAUCUAUGAAGGGAGCCCUGACAUUCCCUUUGAGUUUUUCCUCCUCCACAUGACCCCCUCCUUUCUUUGAUAACUCUUCUGUACACCUGCCUAUUUUUCUGCCUAAGUGAUUUGUGAUUCUGGCUCUUCCCCACAAAAUGAACACUCAGAAAUUUUCAUUGAGUGUCUAUUAUGUGCAAGGAUAAUUCUGUGCUGGCAUAAAUGUCCCUGACUUCAGGUUGCUUAUAAUGUAUCAAUACAUGGGGAAAAGACACUGGAUAAUAACAGGAAAGAAUCAGGGAGAAUGUCUCUUCAGCCUCUUUAAGCCAAACUUUCUUGGUAAAAUCUCUGUUCUUACCUUAAACUGUCAG